CACUUUCUCAACUACGUCUUCAAGAUCAUUCGAGAUUUCUUCGACAAGGGUGGACAUACAUGCGUCAUUGCGAUCGAUACGCUCAAGUAUGUUCCGCUCGCAAAAGCACCGACGCAGAUGGAUCGCGACAAGUACAGCAAGCCGCUGUCCAAGGAAGAGCUGGGCCUCGGUGAAGGUAAGGAAGUGAUGGGCCGUGGCCUGCUCAUCCACCAGGAGUGGCACCGCGUGAUGGCCAACCGAGACCUGCGGGAAGAGAUCUUCAGGUACUUCGAGCAAGAGUUCUUACGCAACUUCUUCAAACGGGUCAAGAAGGAGACGUGGGACAAGUGGGUGCACGCCGACAUUGCGCAGCAGAGCAAGGAAGGUGGCAAGAAGAUGCCGAGAGAAUGGCUCAAGUCUCUCGUCAUCGACGGCGGCACACGCUAUGGACCCAACCCAUAUGUCAUUUACUCAUCUGGAAAGGUGUGCGAAAAGCCAGAAUGGCGGAACUACAUCGGGGAGUCGGACCUAAAGAUCCCUUUCUACAUCAACUACGUGUUCCCCACGGAGAACUUUCUGGUCAACUCAAUCGACUCAGAUCUGAUUCGUAUUCUGCUUGGCGGGACGCCACUUCGUCUGGACCCGGCCACGGGGCUUCCCACUUCGCGUAUCUACCUCCGACUGAAUGAUGCCAAGAAGGCCGUUGAGACUGAGGAAGAGAAACCUCAGCCUGCUGUGGUGGCGGCGGCGGCUGAUGGAAUGGUGAACGAAGGCGAAGAAGGCGAGCCUCCAAAGCCGCAAGUCGUGAAGAGAGGCAGAGGAAGGCCCAAAGGCUCAACUUCGAAGAAGCCCAGCGCCAAGGCGAAGGCUGCAAAGGGGAAGGAAAAAGCGGCCAACGAUACUGGCGAUGAGCACCAGCAAGCGGAGCAGGAGGAGGCGAAGAGUCCUGUCGAGCCAGAGGAGCGAGAGACGGCUGACACUACGGAGACUGGCGCUGGGGAGAGCGCGGCGAAGGGAGGACAGGAGGAGAAGGCCAAGAAGGAGGAGCCGGAGUACUUCUACGAACCGGACUACGUCGACAUCAACGCUCUCUGGGUGGCCAUACGCGAGCACUGGCAGAGGUUCACUCCCAGCUUGUUUACACCCAUUCCCAGCUUGCCGGCGUCUGACGAAGAUGUUCUGUGGUGCAGGGACUGCGCCUCGAUCUCUGAUCCCAUUUCCAACGAGCUUCUCAAAAGUCACAUCGCUGCCGGCCAGGAGCUCCCCAGCUACGAAGAACUGCGGCAGAUAUCCAUCGACAGCUUGAAGAAGCAGGCCCUGCACUGUCUUCCCGCCGCGGAGAUCGAAGUCAAGUUCCGGCAGGUGCGGUGGACGCUCCUCUACCUGCUCAACGGCUACAAGAAGGAGCGCGGAGGUGACGAGGGCAGCGAGCGAUGGACGACCGGCAACCUGGCCGGCACGCUGAUCCCCGAUUGCCUGGAGACCGACGGCGAGGGCCGCUCGCUUCACGGCUGGGAGCUCAAGAGUGCCGAGGAAGGCCAUAACCGCAAGAACAUCAAGCGCUCCACCUCGAUUUCCGCCGAUACCAGAUAUGGGCUGCUGGUCGACAAGGAGGAGAUCGUGGCCGUGCUGCGGAGGGAGGCGGAGGAAGAGGAGAUCAAGAAGAAGGCGACAGGGGAGAGGGCCGCUCCACUUCUCUCGCGUCGUGCGACCGAGCUGGUCGAGCUGGCGGUCUUUUCGCUCCCGCUCUUGGUCGUGGCCUCGUUCGCCCUCUACCGAGCCUGGCGGCAUUAG